GGAGGGCCGGCGGCCGGGGCUGAAGCGGGACGUGUCCUCGGGGCGAGCAAGCUCGAGAGGGGCGGUGUCCGGUUGAUCCCCACCCCUGCCUCUGAAAUGGAAUGUGGAGUCCAUCUGGAAUGCUGACAAGUCACAAAGACAAAAAGACCCUGGUGAAGGCAGUAGCCGAAGGUACUGGUAGAUGUGUAAGCUGUAACCAUGACUACUGAAGUUGGCUCUGCAUCCGAAGUGAAGAAAGGCUCUGACCAGGCAGGAGCAGAUGCACCUAAGGAGAAAGCUAAAGAAGUCACAGAAAAUGAGCAGAAUCAGUUAUCUGAGCCAGAGGAGGAGAAAGGUUCCCAGCCAGGCCCUGCAGUUGAAAGCCAAAGUAGUCCCCGCCGCCGGAAAAGAGAGAAGGAUCCAUCUGAGAGCAGGGGUAUUUCUCGGUUCAUACCCCCAUGGCUUAAGAAGCAGAAGUCUUAUAACUUAGUAGUAGCCAAAGAUGGAGGAGAUAAAAAAGAGCCUACCCAAGCUGAUGUGGAAGAGCAGAUCUUGAAUAAAGAGGAUUCCCUUCCUGAAGAAGAGAGUCGGGCCAAGGGCGAUGCAGAAGAAAUGGCUCAGAGGAAACACCUUGAGGUUAAGGUGGAGGUCAAGGAAGAAAAGUCUUCCUUGAAAAGCAGUGCUGAGACCCAGCCUGCUGAAGAAGUAAGGAAGGACAGAGAAGAGGAAAAGAUAAAGGAAACCCAGGAAGACAAAAUGGAAGGAGAGGCAGCAAAUAGGGAGACCAAGGAAGUACAGACCAGUGAGCUGAAAGUAGAGGUGGCCUCUCAGAAAGCUGCCAAGAAGACCAAGGCUGUCCUGGCCAAAGUGACCCUCCUAGAUGGCACCGAAUACAGCUGUGACCUUGAGAAACGUGCUAAGGGACAAGUGUUGUUUGACAAAGUGUGUGAACACCUCAAUCUCCUGGAGAAGGACUACUUUGGGCUUCUAUUUCCAGAAAAUGCUGAGCACAAAAUGACUACAUCAUGGAGAGGAAGGAAGCGGAAAUGGAGAAUUGCCAGUAAACAGAGCUGGCUAGAUCCCGCAAAAGAAAUAAAGAGACAGCUGAGAAACCUUCCCUGGCUGUUCUCUUUUAAUGUGAAGUUUUAUCCUCCGGAUCCUUCUCAGUUGACUGAAGAUAUCACCAGAUAUUUCUUGUGCCUUCAGCUGAGGCAGGACAUCGCAUCUGGCCGCCUGCCCUGUUCCUUUGUGACUCAUGCUCUUUUGGGAUCAUAUACACUGCAGGCUGAACAUGGGGACUAUGACCCAGAAGAGUAUGACAGUAUCGAUCUUAGUGACUUCAAGUUUGCCCCAGACCAGACCAAGGAGAUGGAAGAAAAGGUGGCAGAACUGCAUAAAACUCACAGGGGCUUAUCUCCAGCACAAGCCGAUACUCAGUUCUUAGAAAAUGCAAAGAGGCUUUCCAUGUAUGGUGUUGACCUGCAUCAUGCCAAGGACUCUGAAGGCGUGGACAUCAAGCUGGGUGUGUGUGCUAAUGGCCUUUUCAUUUACAAAGACAAACUGAGAAUCAAUCGUUUUGCUUGGCCGAAGAUCCUGAAAAUCUCCUAUAAGCGCAGUAAUUUCUACAUUAAAGUUAGACCAGCAGAGCCAGAACAGUUUGAGAGCACCAUUGGAUUCAAAUUGCCAAACCAUCGGGCAGCUAAAAGGCUAUGGAAAGUAUGUGUGGAGCAUCACACUUUCUACAGGCUUUUGUCUCCAGAGCAGCCACCUAAGGCCAAGUUCUUGACCUUGGGGUCCAAAUUCCGCUACAGUGGACGCACCCAGGCACAGACCCGCCAAGCAAGCACCCUCAUAGAUAGACCAGCACCACACUUUGAGCGUGCCUCUAGUAAACGUGUCUCGAGGAGCCUAGAUGGAGCUCUGAUUGGUGUUGGGGACCAAAGUCUUAUGAAGGAUUUUCCUGGCCCUCCUACAGAGGGUUCAGCACAUGGCCCUGGAGCUGUCAGCUAUACCAGCAUACAAGAUGGAGAUAGCAGGAAGGAUGUCAGAAGCCCAGCAAAAGCUGCACCCCUGCUUGCUGAGGGAAAGAAAAAUACCUUGAGAGUAGAAGGGGAUAAUAUUUAUGUCAGACAUAGCAAUUUAAUGUUGGAGGACCUGGAUAAGGCCCAGGAGGACAUACUGAAACACCAGGCUAGCAUUAGUGAGCUCAAGCGCAAUUUUAUGGAGUCUACACCCGAGCCGCGCCCUAACGAAUGGGAAAAACGACGUAUCACACCUCUGUCCCUACAGACACAAGGGAGAAGAGGAGACCAUCUUUUCAAGGAUAUUCUAACCAUGAAGGAGAAGUACCUGAUGGCGGCUACACGGACAGUUGAAGAGGAAGCUCAGGCGGCCAAGACUCGCGCUCCUGCAUCGGAAGGGCCUUGCACUGGAGCCAGGGACGCUGUUAAGAGUUCACAUGAGACUCUGAAUGUAGUGGAGGAGAAGAAACGGGCAGAGGUUGGGAAAGACGAAAGAGUAACCACAGAAGAAAUGAAUGGUAAAGAGAUGUCAGCUGGGAGUGGUCCUGGGGAGACUCGUAAGGUGGAGCCCGUGACACAAAAAGACUCCACCUCCCUGUCUUCUGAGAGCAGCAGCAGCAGUGAGAGUGAGGAGGAAGAUGUGGGAGAGUACCAGCCCCACCACCGAGUGACCGAGGGCACCAUAAGGGAAGAGCAGGAGGAGUAUGACGAGAUGGAGGAAGAGCCCGGCCAAGCAGUCAAGGUAGUAGAGAGGGAGGCAGCAAUGCCUGAAGCCAUCCCAGACAGACAAGCAGAGGCCAGUAUACUCCCAGUAGAAACAGAGGCCCAGGAAGCUGUAGUUGCCCAAAAGUUGCCUGGAGAGAAGAGUGUACACGGAGACACUGUUAAGCAAGACCUAAGAGAAGAGACCGAGGAAGAGCAACACACAGUUAACGGAGAGGUGCCCCAUGUUGACAUUGAUGUUUUACCAGAAAUUAUUUGUUGUUCAGAGCCACCAGUGGUAAAAACAGAGAUGGUAACAAUUUCUGAUGCCUCACAAAGGACAGAAAUCUCCACCAAGGAAGUCCCCAUUGUUCAAACUGAGACCAAAACCAUCACAUAUGAGUCUCCACAGAUUGAUGGCGGGGCUGGUGGUGAUUCGGGCACGUUACUGACUGCACAAACCAUCACAUCUGAGUCCGUGUCAACAACGACAACCACACACAUCACCAAGACUGUGAAAGGUGGAAUCUCUGAAACAAGAAUUGAGAAACGCAUUGUGAUCACAGGAGAUGCAGCCCUUGAUCAUGAUCAGGCGCUGGCUCAGGCCAUCAGGGAAGCCAGAGAGCAGCACCCGGAUAUGUCGGUCACAAGGGUGGUAGUGCACAAAGAAACAGAGUUGGCAGAGGAAGGAGAAGAGUAAGAGAGUCAUUUUUUUAAAAGCAACCUUCAACUUCAUGAAUCUGAAGAACUUUGACCAUUCCAAGUCUUAAUGCCACACCACUACUCCAGCAGUUUUGUGCUACAACUGGUAACGAUGGCCAGAAGCCUGAAGAAUUAAAAUGCCAACACCAAACCUUACCUUAACAGCUCUGGUCCAUACUGUUCCCAUGUAUCUCUAAUAUAUUAUUUGUUUUAUAACCACUUCUAAAUAUUCUUGCUUCCUCUUUUCUUUCUGUCUUUUUUUCUUUUUUAAUUCUUUGGUUUUUGUUAAGAGUUUUGUAUUUGUUUCCUUUUCCUACCUGUUUUUUAUGACUCAUUUGCUCAAAUGACAGUGAACAAAGCCAGCUCGGGCUGGUAAGGUGCUGUUCACUUGAACAGGUGCUGUUAUAUGGAAAGGAAACUCUGUGACUAAUUUAGAUAGUGGUUUUCUCUCUUCGAAGUAGUUUCCAUUGUACUCGUACAGUCGGUAUCUGCAGUUUUCAGACUGCAGUGGAUGUACUGCAUGAGGACAGAUUAAUAGCAAUUCGGAGCAUUUUUUACAUCUUGAAAUAUUUCUAAUAUUUGGGAAUUUCACUAUGGAUGACUUUUAUAUUGACUUUCCAGUCCUGUGACUUUAUAUUUAAUAAAGUCAGAGACUCUCUAGACUGGAGAAUUAUGAAGCUCACUGACCAAGCACUGUGUUCAGAGACCAUCACCCACAGUGCAGUACUUCUCAGACAUACUCUUUGCCACAGCAUUCCAGAACAGGAGGAGAACCACGGAAUGUGCCCUUCUCUUUUCCUACUAAAAGAAAAUCAGGCAGCUUAAAUUAAAGCCUUAGUGCUUUCUCUCUUAACCUUUCCAGUUUCAGUACUUCCCAUUAUUUGAACACUUGAGUAGAACACUUGCUUUGUAUUAAACUUUGUCUACAUGUAAAACUGACCUUUUGUUACUGAGCAGAUAUAUCUCUUUAAGAUAGUUUGAUAACUCACAGGUUUGAAGAUGCUGGGGAUAAGAGGGUUGGGGACAGUGGUGGGGGGUUCUGUUGGUUAUAUGAAAGCUAUUCCAUUUAAAGCUGACACCAGAGACCUGAUAGGGACUUAUUAACUGUAUUGAACAUGUCUUUCAUUUGCUUUUGACUGUAUAGUUAAUGAUGCCAGGUUAGAUUUAUAGCAGCAUCAAGUUGUAUUAAAUGAUAUUUUGCUUUAUGUAAUACUGUUAUAAAAUAAAACUUUGUUUAUUCUAUAAA